AUCUGAUUAAAAAUUUAAAACAAAAGCAUAAAAGCAAUACAGAGUACAAAGAGCAGCAGCAGAGAAUCAAAUAAAUGCCUGGGCAAAAAGCCAAGAUUUUAUACUCUUUCUAAAAGCUGUGAUGGAGACCAAGGAGCGAAUAGCCACCAGGAGAGCAUUCCAGAGUCUGGGGGCAGCAACAGAAAAGGCCCUGUCCCGUGUGCACGACAACUGACAAAUGUCAGCCCAAUGCCCUCUGUAAAGGUAAAGUGUGCCAUGGAAUCGACUCCUGGAGACCACAGAGCCCUGUGGCUGUCUUUGGUAGAAUACAGGAGGGGUUUACCAUUGCCUCCUCCCACGCAGUAUGAGAUGAUGCCUUUCAGCAUCUUCCUAUAUAACUGCUGCCCAAUAUAGGUGUUUCCCAUAGUCUGGGAAACAUACCAGCGGGGAUUUGAACCGGCAACCUCUGGCUUGCUAGUCAAGUCCUUUCCCCACUACACCAUUCGGUGGCUUAAUGCCCUCUGUAGCCACUGUAAUCAGGCAGGACACAUUGAAUGCCUUCCCACAGCAAGUCACUACAGGUGUCAGUGUUUAACUCUGAAUAAACAUUUCAAACUUUUGGCUCUUGUGGCUGGGGAUUAUGGAGAUUGUAGUCCCACAACACCAAGAGCUUUCCCAGACAGCACCAUAUAACUAGUUUCACAGCAGGGAAACUUUGGGGAAGUAUGCCAGAGUUUCAUCCUUCAGUCUUUAAGGAAAGCAGGCUGAAAACAGACAGUGGCUUUGCCCACACCUACACCCCCACCAAGGUAUGUCUGUUUCUUUAACCACAAGUGGCUCCAGUUCAUUCCCGCUUUUCAUAGGCUGAUGGUUUGACGUCAUGUUCAGGAAGGGGGAAACCCCGAUGGAGAUUGAAAACAGGGAAAGUGAAAGUAACUCUGUCUUCCGUGUGGGGCGGCAGCCAUGGCCGCUGGGGGCCCCGUCCGGGAUCUGUGUGAUGAAGCGACUUGUCCCAUCUGCCUAGACUAUUUCAAGAAGCCGGUAACCAUUACUGAGUGUGGGCACAAUUUCUGCCAAGACUGCCUGACCCAGUGCUGGGGAGAGACGGGCUCACGGGUGUCCUGCCCUCAGUGUCGAGAAAUUGUCCAGCAAAGGAACUUCAUCCCAAAUCGGCAGCUGGCGAACUUUGUAGAAAUAGCCAAGAAAUUCAAUUUUCAAAAGGACAAAGAAAAGGGGCGUGUGUGUGAGAAGCACCAGGAGCCCUUUAAACUCUUCUGUAAAGAAGAAGAAAUCCCCAUCUGCGUGGUGUGUGAUGAAGAGCAUAAGUACCACAAUGUUGUUCUUCUGGAGGAAGCUUCCCUGGAAUACAAGGUUCGGAUCUCUAAGUGUCUACCCACUCUGAAGAAGCAGAGAGAGAAAAUCCUGCAGUAUAAGGCAGAUGCAGGAAAGGAAAGCCAAGAGUUGCUUGAGCAAGUAGAAACAUCGAGGCAAAAGACAGUGGCUGAGUUCAAGCAGCUCCACCAGUGUCUGGAAGACCAAGAGAAACGUCUGCUGGCCCAGAUGGAAGAGGUGGAGAAGGAGAUUGCAACCAGAAGGGAGGAGCAGGUGGCCAGACUCUCUGAGGAACUCGCCAGUCUUGAAAGUGUCAUCCAAGAGAUGGAGAAGAAAUAUCAGCAACCAGCCAGUGAACUCCUGCAGGGUGUUGGAAAUACCAUGAAGAGGUGUGAGGGAAAGGAGACAUUUGAGAAUCCAGUGACUUUUCCUCUUGCGCUAAAAUGGAGGAUCUGGGACUUGUGUGAUAUAAACUCCUUUCUGGAGGCUGUCUCAAAGCAAUUCAAAGGCAUUCUGCUACCUGGACUUUGGCUGCAAAAAGCAAACAUUACUCUGAACCCAGACACAGCUCAUCCCCAACUCAUCCUGUCUGAGGAUUAUCGAAGUGUGAGAAUGGGAUGCAGACCAAGAGAUCUGCCUAAGAAUCCUGAAAGAUUUGACCAAUACUCUAUUGUGCUGGGAUGUGAGGGAUUCACAGCAGGCAGACAUUUCUGGGAAGUCUCUGUGGAUCAUGAAGAGGAAUGGGCCAUGGGUGUUGCCAGGAAGUCUUUGGGGAGAAAGGGCAUUGUUGUUUUUAAUCCCCAGGAAGGUAUCUGGGGUGUUGGGAAGUGGGCAGGUGGAUACAGAGCCACCAACUAUCCUCAUUCUCCUCACCUGUCCCUGAGUGAGGAGCCCAAGAGGAUCCGAGUUUCUCUGAACUAUGAAGCCGGGCAGGUGACCUUCUUCAAUGCAGACUCAUCAGCCCUGCUCUACACAUUCUCAGCAGCCUCAUUCUCUGGAGAGACCCUUCACCCCUUCUUUUGGGUGUAUGAAAAAGGCUAUCUUGGACUCUCUCCUUAAGAUAAUCAAAUCUACCUCUCAGGUCAUUCUGGAGUUACUCUGUUGAGAAACGGUAUGGGUGAAUUCAAACUCCACAUGGAACCAUGGUUUAUUUCAUCUGUUGUACGUCUAUUUGUAUGUCUGUACCCAUGCCAGUCAACAAACUGUGAUUUAUUUUGGACAGUCAAAACAUAAUUUGAACCCAAAGUUGAAAUUAGUGGCAGACAUACUGUGUAAGGAUAUGUCAGCCCAGUAAUAUUGCACGCACACAAGUUGUGCAACUGCACAAAUGAUAUUACACAGAAGUAAGUCCAUUAUUUCCAAUGAGCUUACUCUUGCAUAAGUCAUUUUCACAAUUUCUGUGUUUAUACAAUUCAUGCAGUUGCACAGUUUGUGUGUAUGUAAUAUUACUGGGACAUAACCUUGCGUGAUAUGUCAGCCACCAUAUUUGUUCACAUUAUGUCUGAAUCCACAACUGUGAUUUAAUCUUGAUUUGUUUUAGUAGCUCCACCCUUGCAGGGUGUGUUCAUUCUCUCCCUCACUCACACACCUGCUAGAUCAUCAGAGGUGAGAAAGGGCAGGUUCUGAAAAAACAUAUGGCAAAACAAACCAAGAUUUGGUGAUUGCUUUUAACACUGAUCUAGGUUUGUAAAAUAAACCUUCGUUUAAAUAAAUGGCGGUCUGUGUGAUGUCUGAACCCAUCCUAUGUUUGAUGAUUGUUUUACGCUCAUUAAUAAUCUAGGAGGAGAAGAAAGACACUACUACAAAGAAGACACUACUGUAUGGUUAAUAAUACAAAUUUAAAAGCUUCAUUGGUCAGUAGCACUUUUUGCAGCUCUGAAACAGCCUCUAUAGGCUUAUAGACACAGUCAUGGAAACUUAUUACACCCAAGUCUGCUUUUUCCCUUUUGGUUUCCCAAAAUUCCUUCAGCAAUAAUUUCUUUAAAAAGAAUUAGCCCACAUGCAGAGACCCUAUAUAAUAACUAAGGGCACUUCCA